AUGAACCCAACUGAAGACCCACAAGCCUUCUUCUUCUUCUUCAUCUUCUCCAAGAUGCUGUUGUUUCUUCGCAAUCUGUUCCACACAAGUUGCAGAGUCUCCUCUCUUCGAGUAAGACCCAAAUACCCAUCAUCUUCAUCAUUAUCUAAUUCCUCUUUUAUCAAUGCAUCAUCUUCCCCUUUGGUUUGGUUCACCAGUUUCUUCUGUAUUAUUCGCUUCCCGUUUGUCACUAAAUCCAAUCCUGAAAUGCUUCCUCAAAACUUAAAUGUUGAAUCUUUGAGUCAAAUUGUUCAGCAUGACUAUUGGGACGAUCCCAGAAUCGUCAAUGUGUUUGGUUCAGCCUUGGCGCCCAUUUGGGUCUCCAGGUUUUUGGUUGAGCUGAGGAAAGAUCCCAACUUGGCAUUCAAGUUGUUUAAGUGGGCGAAAACCCGUACCGGGUUUCGCCACACUACUGAGUCUUAUUGUGUUUUGGUUCAUGUAUUGUUUGUUGGUAGAAUGUACAUUGAUGCCCAUGAGGCUAUUAGGGAGUUGGUAUUGUUGAGCCGGGGGUUGCCGGGUUUCGAUGUGUUUGAUGGGCUGUGGGAGACCAGGAAUGUGUGCCGGCCGGGGUUUGGAGUGUUUGAUGCCUUGUUUAGUGUUUUGGUUGAGCUAGGGAUGCUGGAGAAAGCAAAUGAGUGCUUCUUGAGGAUGAGGAAGUGUAGGGUUUUGCCAAAGGUGAGGUCUUGUAAUGCCCUUUUGCACGGGCUUUCCAAGUCAGGGAAGGGGGAUUUGUCGAGGCGGUUUUUUAAGGAUAUGCUUGGGGCUGGGGUUUCGCCUUCUGUUUUCACUUUCAAUAUAAUGAUUGGAUAUACAUGCAAAGGAGGCGAUAUGGAAACUGCAAGAUGCUUGUUUGCUCAAAUGAAACAGUUGGGUCUUACACCUGAUAUUGUGACAUAUAAUUCUCUUAUUGAUGGAUAUGGAAAGGUUGGACUAUUAGAUGAUUCAGUGUGCAUAUUUGAAGAAAUGAAGGAUGCAGGUUGUGAACCUGACCUAAUAACAUACAAUGCUUUGAUUAAUUGUUUUUGUAAAUUUGAAAAGAUGCCUCAAGCUUUUAAUUUUCUCCGGGAGAUGAUGAGAAAUGGCUUGAAACCGAAUGUCAUAACCUAUAGCACUUUGAUUGAUGCCUUCUGUAAGGAAGGGAUGAUGCUAGAGGCAAUUAAGAUUUUUAUAGACAUGAAACGAGUUGGUCUCUCAGCUAAUGAAUUCACCUAUACUUCUUUGAUUGAUGCAAGUUGUAAAGCUGGAAAUUUGAGCCAAGCACUGAAGUUCAGAAAUGAGAUGUUAGAUGCAGGAGUUAGCUUGAACAUUGUAACUUAUACAGCUCUACUGGAUGGGCUGUGUGAAAAUGGGAAGCUGGAGGAAGCAGAAGGAGUUUUUAAUGAGGUGAUAAACUCUGGGAUAAUUCCGAACCAGGAAAUAUGUACUGCUCUUGUUCAUGGGUAUGUUAAGACUAAGAAGAUGGAGAAUGCUUCAGAAUUCUUAAAGGAAAUCAGGGGGAAAGCCUUUAAACCAGAUUUGUUACUUUAUGGAACCAUCAUUUGGGUCCUGUGCUCUCAAAAUAAGGUUGAAGAGGCUGUGCUUGUGAUCAGUGAAAUCAAGGAUUGUGGUUUAAAGGCAAAUCAUUUCAUUUAUACAACGGUUAUGGAUGCUUAUUUCAAGAGAGGAAACACCAAUGAGGCACUCAAUGUUUUACAGCUCAUGCUGGACAAUGAUAUCGAGGUUAGUGUCGUAACAUAUUGUGCACUAAUAGAUGGUUUGUGCAAAAAGGGGUUGGUCCAAGAGGCCAUCAAUUAUUUUCAGAAGAUGUCCGACAUUGGUUUGCAACCCAAUGUUGCACUCUAUACAGCCUUGAUUGAUGGUCUUUGUAAAAGUAAUUGCAUUGAAGCAGCUAAGGAGCUAUUUAAUGAAAUGCUAGACAAGUGUAUGAUUCCAGAUAAAACUGCUUACACCGCUCUAAUAGAUGGGUACUUAAAGCAUGGAAAUCUUGAGGAAGCUUUGAGCAUGCAUAGGAGAAUGAAAGAAAUUGGUAUGGAUCUUGAUCUGCAUGCAUAUACUUCCUUGAUUUGGGGGCUUUCUCACCUUCGUCAGAUGCAACAAGCGAAAGCAUUCCUUGAUGAGAUGAUUAGGAAGGGUAUAAUUCCUGAUGAGGUUCUCAUUGUUUCUCUUGUAAGAAAAUACUAUGAGCUAGGGAAUGUGGAUGAAGCCAUCGAGUUGCAGAAUGAAUUGCGAAACAGGGGUAUAUGAACUGGAGUUACAAAUUUUGUGGUUCCUAAUGCAAGAACUUCAGCGGGGCUAAUCCCAGCUUGGUUGUUGAGUUGGAUAUAUGAAUUCUCCAUAAAGAAUGGUUUUACUUGCAGUAUUGAAUGGUUUCUGGCUGGAUGGGAUGAUUUCUUGCAGAAGUUGUGCUUCGUGCCACCUGAUGAACUAUGACAACGACCAUCAAGACAUAUUAAAGCUUCUUUAUGGUCUAACCGGCAAACUCUGCUGCUUUCAAAACCUCGAUAUUUUUUCCGGGGCGGCAGUGAUAACAGCAAUGGUGAUGGACUGAUGGCAAGGACAGUGUUGGUGUUGCUCAGCAACAGUAGUUCUGGAAAGGACAUGUUGUAGUAGGGUGUGGUAUUCCAGACCAGCAGUGGUGUUGGGACUUGGAGUGUGGCUGUAUUUCCAUGGUGGUGGUAUAUGGUGAAGCCAGUGACAGUGAUGUGGUACAUUACUUGAGGCGGUGGAGGCUUAGUGGUGUC